CCUAGCCGUCUACAAACAUUUUCUUUUCUUCUACCCUAAUUAAAAAGACAAAAAUGAGUCUAACAGAUAUAGAUAAAUCCCUGGUCAAGGCUUUCUGGGAUAAAGUUUCCGGAAAGGCUGACGCUAUUGGCCAUGAAGCUCUGGUGAGAAUGCUUCUUGUGUACCCUCAGACCAAAAUCUAUUUUGCUCAUUGGCCUGACCUCUCUCCUGGUUCUGAGUCAGUAAAGAAGCAUGGUCAAAAUGUGAUCUGCGCACUGAGCGAUGCUGUGACUAAAAUCGAUGAUCUAGUUGGUGGCCUAAGUGCACUAAGUGAUCUGCACGCUUUCAAGCUGCGCGUGGAACCAGGAAAUUUCAAGAUUUUAUCUCACAACCUCCUCGUGACCUUCGCCAUCAAUUUUCCGGCUGAUUUCACUCCAGAGGUGCACAUUGCCAUGGACAAGUUUCUCGCCGCUGUGUCUGCAGCUCUUGCCGAGAAAUACAGAUGAACAACAGUAAAAUACUUGUUUUCAAAUGAUCAUGUGAUUAUAAAGAAUGUCAUCAUGCAUGCUCCAAAUAAAUAAUAAAACAAAUUGUUUCUUUAAA